UAUGAGGUAUCUGAGCAUGGGGAAUCGCUCUCUGGGAAGUGCUGAAAUAAAUGCAGUUGGUUCCAACAUCUGUACUUUAAACAUCAGUGUACUGGAAAAUAUCAAUGCUGAGAGCCUAAAGGAGGUCCUGUUUCCAGAUCUUUCCUCAUGUACCAUUGAACAGAAAUCCGCUCUGUACAUCACAGCCAACACUUCAUUCAGCAAUCAGCGCAGCAAUGCCAAAACAUACUACCAAAUUAUGAGACCUUACCUGGGUGGAGCUCCUGUGGAGGAUAUACAAGCUCUUUCUACCCAGAACAUCAGUAUGGACAUCACCAUAUUCAUUAGUCUGGACCCUGCUGUUCUCAAGAUCUUGAAUGUGAGCACAGUGAGGGAUCUAAUGGGGGUAAACAUAGCUGAUCUGAAGCUGUUUGAGAACUCCUCAGUGGUUCAGUCCUGGGUGUCACGACAGAACCAAUCUGAUCUGAACACACUGAAUCUUGGCAUCAUCAACCACAACCCUUGUUAUGGUGUAGACAGUCACCCACUUGAUAGCGAGUUCGCAUCUGGAAAUGUUUCUGCAGUACUGUGUAACUUCAGCAUUCCUGCCUAUGCCUGUUCAUCAGUUGUUGUUCUAUCCUCUGAUGAUCUGGCCACACUGCUCACAUGCAAACUGCCAAGCAGCCUGAACUACUCUAAAGGCGCUUGGAAGCUUUUCUUCCAGAAUUUUCCUGGACCUUUGGAUGAUGUACUGGACAGGUUUUCAAACAUGACCCACAGCAGCAUUCGGCCUGACCCAAAUAUACUUGAUGCCAUCUGGGAGGUGAUAAUCAAGGACUUCACUGCAGCACAGCUGAUGAAUGCCACUUUCAUCACUGAGUGGUUCCAGAUGAGGCUCAGACCAUUUUUGUCAUCAGUGUCCACAGACUUUCUGUCCAGCCUCAGUUCCAAAAGCUUCAGCUGUGAGAGCUACCAGGCUGUGGUGGAAGCUCUUAGCAGUCAGGAAUCACUCAUGAAAGAGGAACAGAAGCAGUUGGUCUUUACUUCAUUCAUCUUUCCCUUCCUGUCAAGAGUUGACCUCCCAGACCCUGGCUGUCGUUCCAACACUUCUGGCAGCAAUAAGUGGCUUGAAAAGAACCUUGGCAAUUUCUCCAAUUAUGCCCCCUUGGAAAAGCUCAAAAUUCUAAAUGCAAAUUUCUCCAGCGUUGCAGUGUUAGGCUUACUGUCCAGUGAGCAGAAGGCACAGUUCAUCUUGCAGCCGGAUUCAGGAGUGUUGGGAAAUGACUCUGUGUUUAGAGAGGUGUUUAGCAGUGUGAUCACAUCUUUAGAUCGGAAUCAACUUGGCAGCUUCUUGACAGUCUUCCACCAGACUGCAAUACAAGUGAGGAUCUCUGUAGUCUACAAACCAGGGCACAUUUCUUUUCGCAAUAAGACACGUUUAUUCUAUGCAUACUAAUUGAUGGAGUCCGAGUGUGUCCAGACUGUUAAUCCGUGCUGCUGUGUGUUUGCAGAUGAACAUGACUAGCAUUCCUUCAGCAAUAUCAGACACCAUUCUGAACAUGACACUCUUGGAUCUGGUGCCUCACUUCCAA